UUGCAAGUGCUAGCGAAUAAAACGAUGUCAGACGUUUCCGAAAUAUACAAGGGAUUAGAUAUAUUUCAAAGGCCACAGUGUCUUAUAGAGACUGACAAAGAUGGGUUUUUAACAAUUGUACUGGAAACUGCAAAUCAGAUAAAACAAAUUACGUCUGCGGUGAAUGUGGUUGCUAUAGCGGGACUAUACAGAACUGGAAAGUCGUACCUUAUGAACCGUUUAGCAGGCGAAACAGAAGGUUUUGCACUUGGAAAAGCAGUCCAAUCGAAAACAAAAGGAAUAUGGGCAUGGUGUAGAGAACAUCCAACACAGAAGGCCCAAGUGUUGCUUCUUUUAGAUACUGAGGGAUUAGGGGAUGCUGAAAAGGGCAGUCAAGAUCAUGAUAACAAGAUCGUCAUCAUAUCUACAUUAAUAAGCAGUACGCUUGUUUACAAUAUGAUGACAGCAUUCAACCAAGAUACAAUCGAAAAGUUAACGUAUCCUUUCUGA